AUGAACUAUGAGAAUCGCAGGUUUUCAAUUUCAGUACCGUAUCCCGAUCCACCAACUUCUAUCGAAGUGAAUCCAGUCGAUCAUGACAAGUUAUCUGUUUGCUGGCAAGAACCUGAGAAACACGAAUCCAACAAGAUGUUCCCGAUUCUCGACUAUGCUGUUUAUUACAAAGAGAUUCCAAAUUUUCCACUUCUAGGAGGCGACAUGGGUCUUCCUCUUCUUACUGGAGACUAUUCGGACAUUGGAGAUAUCCAAGAAGACGAAUAUCAACAAGAGGAAGAUGACGCAGAAGAAGUUGUCAAGGAUUCAACAAUUGCUCCACGUGGCAAACGAGAUGUUGAUUUUGAGUCAGAUGGAAUCAAGGUUGCAGUUCGUGAAAAGAGAUCGACUAUGGUGAUUGUGACUAGAGAUGAUGUUACCAAUUCUACAACGAUUCGAGAGUUCGCAUUCCGAAAUAUUAACACUACGGACAAAUGUGUCACUCUUCCGGAUCUCCGAUCUGCAACUCGCUAUAUUGUUUAUGUAACGGCUCGAAAUGAAUAUGGAACAAGUGUUCCAUCUGUUCGCAACAUCGCAUCGACAAAUGUUCAUAUGGUCAAGAAUAAUGCAAGUUUGCCAGAUGCAAUGAAAUGUUGUACUGCUGCCAACGUCUCAUCAUUCUGCUCUUCCAAAAUGUGUAAUGUUGCUGAAGACCCGUCAUCGUUCUCUACAAUCACAAUUGCCACUACCUGCCGUGCCGAAUGGCCCAAAGUAUCCCCAUGUAUUGCUGACGGAAGAAACCAUACAGAUUGCUGUCUGAAGAAGGGUGUCCAACACGAUUGUUUAGAAAUCUGUUCUGGAAGUACAAAAGAGCUUGGAGUGCAUUCAGUUCUGUGCCUUAAUCUGGAUCUUCAAGCAAUCUAUCAAUGUAUUCGUCAAGGAUAUGAGACACAUCCAUCUGCUCCUGGAAACGUUACUAUCUCCGACUUGACAGCACACAGUGUUACGGUACAUUGGACGGAACCUGAUUCUAACGCCCAUCUCGUCGAGAACUACACUAUGUUCAUUCGCAAAAACGAACAUGGAGAGCCGGUUCGCACCGUGCAUAAUGUUCAGAGCCCACACGUGGAACUUGGAUUGGAUCCGGAUUCAGAAUACGUUCUCACUCUUCAAUCUCAUUCUACUAAUGGAACAUCACUUCCAUCAACCGCUAAACUAUUCACAACUCUUCCAACCACUCGACCACCUUUGUGCACAAUUGGAGAACCGAUUUAUAUGAAUGAUGGGCGUGUGAUGAUUUGUGAUAACGUGAAUCCAUGUCCAAAUGGAUUCCGUUGUACUGGUGCCGGUUCGGAUCUCUCUUACUGUUGUCCACAUGACGGUACACAUUCUUCGGAAGAAUUCACAUCAUGUUGCAAGGAUCAGAAGAUGCCAGAAAAGUGCAUGAACAGUUGCCAAUACAAUUCCACACUUGGAGAAGAUUGCAAGGAGAAUCUCAAUAUCUGGGUUCAAUGUGCAUCCGAAGGACAUGAUCAUUUGAGAUGUUGCAUGAGGGAAGAUGUAUCAAAGCCAUGCCAAACCGCCUGUAUGCAUCCAUUCACAGUCUCUACGGAUGAGUGUUUUGCCGAGGUUCCUAAAUACCGUACUUGUUUCAACGGACUCCAUCUUGCCCUUCCGGCUGUUGUCCGAGAUCUUGAAGUCACUUCUAUCACGAAGGAUUCAGCAACCAUCACAUGGGAAGAUGUCGAAGCGAAUGUUAUUGUUUUCCGUGUUCAACUUUUCGCAAGCAAUGGAUCUCUCGUCAAUACAGUAAAUAGUACAGCUGAUAUUUAUAGAUUCUCUGAUCUAUCAUCGGCUACAAAUUAUUCUGUACGAGUCACGGCAAUCAAUUUACAAGGAGAAGGUCCACCAUCAUGGAAUGUCAGUUUCGUAACUAGACCUGCCCAAGUGUACGACGGAGAUCGUCCAGUCGCUCCGGAUGGACUUCAUGUUGCCUGGAAUUCUGGACCACGUGUAAAUGUCACAUGGAAUCGUGUCACAGUCCGUAGAAACAACGAUCCUGUAUCUCAUCCAAUUGAGUAUACACUUUACUAUUUGGAAACAGAGCACAGCUCCACUUGGACCACUUUGAAGACUAACAACACUUGGGUUGUGAUGAGAGAUUUGAGAAAAGAUGCUCUCUUUUACGUAUAUGUGACGGCCAAAGAAGAAGACAAAAUUAGUCGCAGUUCUUCGAUUAUCACAGUUCUGGCUCAAAAAGAUUCAUUGGGACUUCCGGAACCAGUCAUCACAAUAGAACCAGAUCAUAAGGAUGGAGUACUCAUGCCAGGAGAGAAGAUCACCGUCAAUUGCUCACUUCCAAACGCCAAAAAGCAUUUGAAUAUUGAUUUAACUGUCGGACACCAAGUCGUUCAAAACGAUCAUGGCGUUUUCUGGGUGAUUCUAGAUACAGAAGCUGAUGAGUCAAUAGACACUGCCACCUGUGCAGUAUCAGAUACGGAUGGAAGACAACAUGUGGCAAUGAAACAUUUGGUGUUGCAAAGAAAGGCGUCUGUAACAAUGAAGAAGGACAAGAUUCGAGUACUUGAUGAUCAAUCUGUUGAAAUCGAAUGCAUCUAUCGUGGAGGAGGACUGGACCCAAAGAUUUCUUUUGAAAAGGAUGGAAAGAAGGCGACACGUGGAUUUUUGAAUGUCAAACAGACCGAAGCGGGAUAUGUUGCCAAGUGGAGAAUUCGCAAGGUCAAACAAGACGAUGCAGGAAUCUACAAAUGUGUUGUCACUUCUGAAGACUCUGAGCCAGUUGAGGCAUCAUCUGAAGUGAUUUUCACAACGGAAACCCUUCCAGUCAAUCCCAAAAUGAUUCUUCAAUGUUGCGAAGAUGAAGGAAUCACAGGAGACUGCUUACAAGCCUGUAACAUUGGCCGUGUUGCUCUUUCUGCGAAAACUCAAAACUGCUCCAGAUUUGCCACUUCUCUCCUGAAGUGCGCUUCUGACAUCCGCGAUCACUCAGAUUGUUGUAUUGCUAGUGGAGUUACACCGAAAUGUCUCCCAUUGUGCUCUGGAGACAGUUUCUCAAAAGAUGUCGACUGCUCUGAUCACGCAGUUUCAAUUAUGUCUUGCUUCGUUAAAAGUCAUGAACAUGCUCCAACCAAAGUUUCGAAUGUUCGAGUCAAAUCUUCUGAAGGAAAAGUGAAUGUUGAAUGGGAUUAUCCAUUGACGAAAGACUACAAAUACUUUGCCGUUUACUAUAGAAAGACAAACAAUGCGCAGGAUGACGACUGGCAUAAACUGAAAACUGUUCAACAGAAUAUUGAAAUUGAACUGGACACAUCAGAAGACUACGAAGUUGGAAUCCUUGCUGCUAAUGCUCUUGGAAACAGUCCUCUCACUUAUGCUGCAGUCCCCAAAGAUUCGGAUUCCAAUCGCUCUCCAUCUGCUAAAGGAUCUUCAUCAGCCUUCUGGAUCAUUGUGAUUCUUGUUGUUUUCGGUAUUUGUAUUGCUGGACUUGCGGUUCUUGGCAAACGAAGAGAACUACCGUAUCCAUUUGGAAAGUUCAUCGGCCGAAGGAAUGAUCCCAAUCAACCAACGGUGGCGUUUGAGAAUCCUGCUUAUGGCGAACCAUGGGGAGGACCGGAAGUGGAGAUUCGAGGACUUGGAGGUGCAUCGGGAGCCGGUGGAGCUGCUGCUGGUCAAUCCGAAUGGCAGAGUGCAAAUCUCGAAGCGAACAAUGCCACAGACAAUAGUCACGAAUACCGAAACGGCAUGCGAUAUGCCAAACUCGAAACCUAA